AUGUUUCUCAGAUCGAAGCACAGUAAAUAUUCAAGCAGCGAUUCAGAAGAUGACCUUAACCAAUUAGUCAUCAAGACUCAUAGAAGAAGGUUCACACCUGAAGAAGACGAGCUCCUUAAAGAGUAUGUUAACAGUGGAGAAGGCCAUACAUGGGAAGAUAUUGCAAGAAUGUUAAAUGGAAGAACAGCUAGACAGUGCUGGGAUAGAUACAACAACUAUCUCUACAAGAAUUUGAAGAAAGAUAAAUGGACUCCAGAUGAGGAUGCUAUUAUAGUCAAUAUGUACAACAAGAUUGGAUCUAAAUGGACUAAAAUAGCACAAAUGCUCGAUGGUAGAAGCGGUAACAACGUUAAAAACCGCUGGCACAAGUAUUUAUCUAAAAAGGUAGAUAUUCAGAGCAAUCAUGUUCCUGUUCGUGCUCCACAAACUACAGAAAGACCUGCUCAGACAAACAACUUUGAAUUUGAUGUCGAUUUGUUCAACAAGGAUAUCGACUUCACAAAGUUCUUCGAUUUUGGUAAUUAA